GUGCCGUGGUAUGAAAUUUAGAUGCGAAUAAAUAUACCCUGUCCUGUGCCGUGACAUCUUUAAGCCAAUUGCAAUCAAACAAAGUUUCAGUUUUUGGUGUUCCAUUUUUCUUCCUCCAUCUUUAUCUUAAACAUAACUUGAACUCUCCAUUCCUUAAAUUUUAGCUACGAGCUAGUUCCGACACAGACAAAGCAAUGGCAAAGACCGAGGUUGCUUGGCAUAAUUUAUAUACAUUAGAGGUGACUGUUGAGAGCAAGAACAAAGACCUCAAGCACCUGGGGUUUGUGAGGAUUGCUGCUAUUCAAACAUUUGUGAUUGUGUCAAAUCUGUAUGAGUACGCAAAGCAGAAUUCUGGGCCUUUGAGAUCCGUUGUAGGAACGGUUGAGAACACUGUAACCACCAUUCUCGGUCCUGUCUGCAACAAAUUCAAGGACGUCCCUGAUGAUGUCCUUGUUUUUGUUGACAAAAAGGUGGAUGAAGCUUCCCACAAGUUCGAUGAGCACGCUCCUCCUUUUGCUAAACACAUUGCGGAUCAAGCCAAGGGUGUGAUUCAGAAAGUGACUUGUGAGGCAGGGAAAGUAGCAAGUGAAGCACAAUCUGGGGGGCCAAGAGCAGCUGUUCAUUAUGUUGCUACAGAAUCAAAGCAUUUUGUGUUGAUAAAUUCAGUAAAGUUGUGGAAUGGACUCAACCACUAUCCACCAUUCCAUGCACUGUCAGAGAUGGCAAUUCCCACUGUUGCUCACUGGUCAGAGAAGUACAACCAUGUGAUCAAGGCCAUGACUCAAAAGGGUUACAGUUUCGUUGGGUAUCUACCUUUGAUUCCCAUUGAAGAGAUAGCCAAGGCAUUCAAGCAGGGAGAGGCUAACUUGAAAGGAGAUAAUGCAGCCUCUGAGGAACAGAGAUCAGAAUCAUCUGAUUCUGAUUAAAUUGAGCUUUACUUCUUCAAAAAAUUUGCUUUUGAGUGACCUUGUUUUGUGGGUUGUGACAUUGUGGGGCAUGUUGUGGUUGUGACUAGAAAAACUUUUAAGUUAGUAAAGACUUGGCAAGACUGUGUAACUAAUCCAUGUAGAAAAUAGGGUUUAUGUAAAUGAAUGGUGCGGAUGAUAAUGCUCAUAAAGGUUGCUUCCUCCUUUUAUAUGCAUAUAAUAUAAUAAUAUUGCUCAGUGCUCUUUAUUGUGACGACA